AUGGCCGAAGAGAAUAACACUAAUACUCCUUCCGAUGCAACUUCCUCGAAGCCAAAAUCAAAAAAAUACCGAAAAGAUAAACCUUGGGAUAAUGAGGAUAUAGAUCAUUGGAAAAUUGAUCCAUUUACCCGGGAGGACAAUCCGUACUCUUUUACAGAAGAAUCAUCUUUUGCAACCCUAUUUCCAAAAUAUCGGGAAAAUUAUUUAAAAGAAGUAUGGCCGCACGUCACGAAGGCUUUAGAGAAAGUGGGUAUUGGAUGUCUAUUAGAUCUAGUCGAAGGAAGUAUGACCGUAAAAACAACUAGAAAGACAUUUGAUCCAUACAUAAUACUCAAAGCACGUGACCUGAUAAAAUUGUUGGCAAGAAGUGUCCCUUUUCCUCAGGCAGUUAAGAUUCUUGACGAUGGUGUAUCAUGUGAUAUUAUCAAAAUUGGAAAUAUGAUUCGAAGCAAAGAACGUUUUGUAAAACGUAGACAAAGGUUGAUUGGACCAAAUGGUUCAACGCUAAAGGCUAUAGAACUAUUGACUCAGUGCUACGUCAUGGUACAAGGAAAUACUGUAUCUGCCAUGGGUUCAUAUAAAAGCUUGAAAGAAGUAAGAAGAAUAGUAAUUGAUUGUUUAAAGAACGUUCAUCCUAUAUAUCACAUUAAAGAAUUAAUGAUUAAAAGAGAACUCGCAAAAGAUCCAAAGCUAAAAAAUGAAUCAUGGGAUAGAUUCUUGCCUCAUUUCAAAAAACAAAACGUUAAAAGACCUAAAAAACAAAUCAAGAAGAAAGAAUAUACACCAUUUCCUCCUCCACAAACUCCGAGAAAGGUUGAUUUGCAAUUGGAGUCUGGUGAAUAUUUCCUUAAACCUAAAGCAAAGGCAGCUCGUGAAAUGGAGAAGAAAAAGGAAAAACGAAAGGAAAAUACUCUAAAACGGAAAGCAGAAAGAGAAAAAGCUUUUGUUCCACCUGUAGAAGAUGUCCCAAAAAGAAAGAAACGAAAGGCUAAAACUGAUUCAAGUCAAUAUGUGGAAUAA